GCUGUUUUUAAGGUAUGUUGUUCUCGACAGUUCUUGCCAGAAAUGUUUCGUUUGUUUCGGGGAAUAAGUCUCGCCAACUCUCGCGUUGUGCUAAAAACAAAGAAUGUCGUCGAAUCCUCGUCCUUUGAUUGGGAUGGUUGUUCCCCUCGUAAUUAUAUUGUUCACUACAGAGACGAGCGCGGGUGACAGCGGUGUGGUCAAUCUGCGGGAGGACGUCCAGCUGAUUGGUGAGGCUUUCGCUUCAGAAAAAUAUCCGGGCAGCUAUGGCUACGCCUAUUACGGAAUCCGCUAUGGAGUCAGCAAACGCUUUGAGGCAUCGGCGGAGAAUACGGAUUUCUCGUAUAUUAGUAAUAGCUCUCGAUCCAAACAAGGAAAUGUCUGCCCGCAAGGAUUUCUAAAUGGUUUGCCGCCUGUAACCGGUAAAAUUAUUGACGAAGACUGUCUGUAUCUGGAUGUAUAUGUACCUCCACGCCUGCCCAACAAUACGGACGCUUGGACGUCGAUGGUGUGGAUCCAUGGCGGAGGCUUUCAAGCUGGCACUAAGGACAGCUACAAUUCAAGCUCAUUGGCCGAUAGUGUGGGAUCAAUUGUCGUCACGAUAAAUUACCGGUUGACAGCAUUCGGCUUUUUAAGUACGGGAGACGAUUCAACCAAGGGAAAUUUUGGACUUGGAGACUGCAAGACGGCGAUCAAAUUUGUCCACAAGUACAUUGAAAAAUUCGGGGGAAAGGCAACCGGUAUAACGCUGUUCGGUCAGAGUGCAGGAGCGACUCUGGUGUCGGCUGCGCUGCUGGAUCCUGUUAUUCGCGAUAUAGUGUGGUCAGCCAUUAUGUUUAGCGGCAGCGUGCUAGUGGAUCUCGACUACGUCCGGAAUCCGUUAUCCGCAGCAAAUCAAGUUGCUGCGGCGGCUGGAUGCCCGGUUAACACUACCGAUGCCCUGGCCGGCUGCUUGAAAGCCUUGCCUUAUGAGGAGCUCCAAAAAGCCGCUUUGGUAGUACCUGCCAGCCCGAUCACUGCAUCAUUUGGCUUGGUGAUCGAUCACGAUCACCUUAAAGACGUACCGCUGCGCGCGCUGCAGCAAACCCUGGACGGCGGAUAUACCAGUCCAAAUAUCGUCACGAGCUAUCUUCGCGAAGACGCUGCUCUAAUCUUGACAUUGGCAAUUCCGGAUCUUCUUGAUCCCACCAAACCGCUGACCAUUGAUGGCGUCCGUACCAUUGUCGCCAAAAACCUUCUGCCACGAGACGGGAAGCCUCUGUGCACGGUUCCGGAUUAUGCAUUAGCUGAUCGCGUCAUGCAGCACUACAAUCUAUCGGCAACGGACAGUCGCGAUGAUACGUUAUUAAAAUUAUACCAUCUUGGUACGGAAGCCUUACAAGCGUUUCCGGCGGUGAAGGAAGCGUCAAUCUACGCCAGCCAUAGUGUGUCAUCAUGGCCUUCUGUACAGCUGAUCAAAAUAAUAUACGAUUCGCAUUAUAAUGGCUUCCACGCCUUUCAUGCGAUGGAGUUGCCUUACAUUUUCGGUCCGUGGUUGCUUUUACCCAACCAAACGUAUGAUCCCCGUUUAACAGUCAGAAUUCGGAGCAUGCUUCAACAAGUCGCAUAUCAUGGAAGGAUGGAUGGUCCGGGAUUCUUACAAGGCAGCCAAUAUGGAUAUAAUGAAUUAGGACUAGACGCACAAUGGUCCGCCUGCAGCUAUGACCUUGCUGCAAUGUACCAGUACUGGCAGCAGAUUGCCAAUGAGCCAUGUCCGAUCGGAAACGGCACCACGUAUUAGCUAAGGCGCCACGUAUUAGCUAAGCCGAUUGCAGGUCCU